UAGAGCAACAAUUGAGUGCGUACCGUGAUCCCGGAAGCAAUUGCAGACUGUACAUCGGAACUCUGCAGGCUGGAGAGGAGGAGAAAGCAUUUUCGGUGGUUCUGUUUGCUGUCGAGCUGGCGAGGAAUUCGUAGAUUACGAAACAUCCUCUUAGAUUUAGCGCUACUUUAACAUACGGUUAUUUUAACUUCACAUUGAUAAGUUGAAGAUGGAUGAUGAGAUAGAACAGUUAAUGGCAGAAAAUGAUCAUUCCCUUAAUAUGGAACAAACUUGGACCAGCAGUUCCCUUCCGGAAAUCCAUUUGCACCUGCCUAUAAGUGUACUUCAAUUUCAAAAUCUCAAAGAUGGAAAACAAAGUGGCUUCCAAAGAACAGCCAAAAUCUGUCUGAGACGGAUUCACAAAGCUGUAUUGCAUCAUGACUGGCAGACGGCGGCCGAACUGAUGACCAACUACUUCCAGAUGUUAGAGGACACCUCUCCUAGAAAUCAACGAUCAGCUUGUAAGGCAAUUUGGAGGAUGGGAGCCAUAAUCCUUCAGCAUCAUCCAAACAGCUCUGUGGACGACAUUGAAUCAUUCACUAGGAAAAUGAAAAUCAUUGGAGUGAAAUAUUACUUAAAGGCCUGCUUGGAGCAUGCAAUUCACCUGCUGUGUAACGGAAAGACAGAUGAAGCCUACAGGGAAUUGUCUGUUGCUGAAACAUGGCGAUAUGGAGAAAAAUCAGCAACUCAGCAAGAAGUACUUAAACUCAUCCAAGGUUACCGGGCAUUGCUUGAUUACUACACGUGGGCUAAAAAGAAUCGUGCUGUUGAUGAAAGGGCUAAUGAUGCAGUCGAUUCAAGUACAGCACAAGAAAUGCACAAGUAUUUCCGACAAGCUUCAAUCGGCCUGCAUGAUGCUGUCCAAAGCCCUGGUGUGUGGGAUCCCUUUAUACUCGGCUACAUCAAUCUGCUUGACUUCUAUGAUGGAUUUGAGGAAGCCCUAAAAGUGCUGAAUGAUUAUGCUUAUGACAGCAGAUUCCCUCCAAAUCCAAAUGCUCAUGUAUAUUUAUACGAGUUCCUGAAGAGACACGAUAGCUCACCUAAGAAGCUGUUGAAAGUACUGAGGGUGUUGUAUCAUCUGGUUCCUUCUCAUGAACUCAUGUUGGAAUUUAAUUCCCUGCUCCUGAAGUCAAAAAAAAGUUGUCAUCAUAAGGAAGGCCUCAGUGUUCUCUUCUGUCUGCUGGAUUUCCCCACGUGGAAAGAAGACUGCAGCACAUGGAAAUGUUUAAUGAAGCAAAUGAAGAAAGCUAUAGCCCAGGGUUACUCAGACUGGAUUAAAGAGCAGUGGGAGUCACGACAAGAUUGGUGGCCUGCCUUUCAUUUCACACAGUAUCGUGCACGUAAGGAUUUUGAAGAAAAUGAUACCAAUGCUUACAGGAAAGCACUAAUUGCAGGAGUCUUAAUGGGCAAAGGUUGCAAAUAUUUCAUCACCAUAUACCAACUGGGACGUAAAGUUCAGAAAGCAAAAUUGAAGAAAAUGAAGCAGUAUGUAAAAGAUCACAGUCUGCUGCAGCUGAACGGACAUUGACUUGAAUAAGCCUGCCUGCUGUGUCAGCUGUGAGAUUAUUCUUGUUUAUUUCCAGCUUCAACAAAGCUUGACUAAUUUUGCCAAGGAGAGAACACUUGGAACUGACUUAACUGUUUUUCUUUGGGAUCCUUCUCAGAGCUGAAAUAAAAGCGAGGGGUAGGGGGAGCCAGGGAUAAUAUGGAGUGGAAAUGCUGAAGGGAGGCUGACAGCUGUGGGAAGGUUGAGAGAUUUCCCACUGAUCAUCUCCACUCUGAAGCACACUCUGAAUAUUUUUCAAGGUGCCAGUAUUGUACAAAAGUGCCAAUGGUCGAAGUAUUUGGAAAUAUGCUUUGCAUAAUAUAGCUGUAAAUGUGUGGUGGAAUUAAAAACUUUGUAUUAUAAUAUACCUAUAAAUGAUACAACUAUGUAAUGUUGAAUCUACAAGAGAGGAUUUUUUUUUCGUUAAUAAAAUGAUGGUGCUGCUCUGAAAUGAUCAGUUUUCAUUUCCAAAAAUGGCUGCUACCUUAGUCAGAAAUGGGAACCCUGCAGCUGCCAUGAAUUAAAGCAUCACCAGUUUUGACCUAAACUAGUUGUUAUAAAAAGUGAAUAUUUAUUGUCAGCACUUAACUAAUUGAAUGUUAUCUUUAAUAACUAGAGCUCGUCAAUAUGUAGCUCUUUGCUACAAGCUAUGCACAUAUUUAAUUGGACUCCAUCUGCAUAUUUGAAGUGGUCAAUGUAGUUCAGGGUACCAGACCUUUCACUUACUUAAAGGACUUAGCUCAAGUUUGCCAGGCAACAAGGAUGAAAUUAUUAAAGAAUGAAAAAAAUUAUAAUUGGAUUCCUUGAUUACAGAAGAAUAAGGAAUGGUUUGAAGUAUUUUGUCACAAUCUGUUAGAUGAACUAAUUUUGUCUGCUUGAACUUUAGAGCUGGAUUUGUAGCAUUAAUACCAGGGCUAGUCUGUUCAAAGGAUGCUUGGUCAUACAAAGUGUACUUUUCUCAAAAAGCAAUGAAUUACUUAUUAAGUGAUCGAUGCAUCUGGUAAUAAUUUAACCUUUGGAGCCUAGCAACAUUGUGGUGGUGAAUAUUUUUGUUAAAUAAUUCAGGAUUAUAGACUUGAUUAUUGGCAAAAUGAAACUGGUAUGUCCUACCCAUAUAAACCAAGGCAAGCCCAAUAAAGCCAAACCAUCAAACUACUCUCAUCAGGAAAACAAAUAUGGAAAGUUAUAAGAAGUGUUAUCGUGUUGUACAUACUAUAUUUUUCUCAAUGUUUCUCUACACAGUGUGCCCAAGGCCAGUCAUUCUAUUUAACACAGGCUUGAUCCAAAAUAACACUUAAUGAUUUGUGGUUACAAGUUCAGAAUAUUGAUCCCUGAUCGUAAGUCAACACUAUAAUGAGAGGGGUAUCAUUCAGUGUAGACUUCUUUUAAAUCUCUACUUUUUAGUAAUUUGAUACAUGAAACAGUUUACUGGGUCAUUUCUUAGGGUUGUUAAGUGUCCUUGGAGUUGAAAUCAUAAAAGAGGUGAAUUAGGAAGGAUGGCUAGAUUUAUUUUCUAAGAAUGCUAGUGGAUUAGAAUAGAAGGUCAAUUCAUUGAGCAAAAUGUUCACAAUUUAGCUGCUGACAGCAUGAAGUAGACUCCUCAUCUGAUUCCCUGAUGUAGUGUUUCAAUAUUCAGAAGUGAUGUCAUUGGGAUAUAUUGAUAUGAAUGUGAAUUGAGAGCUAAGUUGCAAAUGUGGAACUUGUAGGAAGUAUGGCAUACAAAAGCAAUGUUGUUGAUAUAUUGCAGGUUAAGGGCCGAUUUCUAAAUUAUUAUCCAGGCUUAUGGCAGCCUGUUAUAGAAAAGCUUUGGUAUUUAUUUCCAUAAGACAAAGGAGCAGAAGUCGGCCAUUCGGCCAGUUGAGUCUGCUCCGCCAUUUUAUCAUGAGCUGAUCCAUUCUCCCAUUUAGUCCCACUCCCCCGCCUUCUCACCAUAACCUUUGAUGCCCUGGCUACUCAGAUACCUAUCAAUCUCUGCCUUAAAUACACCCAAUGACUUGACCUCCACUGCUGCCCUUGGCAACAAAUUCCACAGAUUCACCACCCUCUAGCUAAAAAAAAUUCUUCGCAUCUCUGUUCUGAAUGGGCGCCCUUCAAUCCUUAAGUCAUGCCCUUUCAUACUAGACUCCCCCACCAUGGGAAACAACUUUGCCACAUCCACUCUGUCCAUGCCUUUCAACAUUCAAAAUGUUUCUAUGAGGUCCCCCCUCAUUCUUCUAAACUCCAAGGAGUACAGUCCAAGAGCGGUCAAACAUUCCUCGUAUGUUAACCCUCACAUUCCCAGAAUCAUUCUAGUGAGUCUUCUCUGAACCCUCUCCAACGUCAGCACAUCCUUUCUUAACUAAGGAGCCCAAAACUGCACACAGUACUCCAAGUGAGGUCUCACCAGCGCCUUAUAGAGCCUCAACAUCACAUCCCUGCUCCUAUACUCUAUUCCUCUAGAAAUGAAUGCCAACAUUGCAUUUGCCUUCUUCACUACCGACUCAAACUGGAGGUUAACCUUAAGGACAUCCUGUACGAGGACUCCCAUGUCCCAUUGCAUCUCAGAACUUUGAAUUCUCUCCCCAUUUAAAUAAUAGUCUGCCUAUUUAUUUCUUCUACCAAAGUGCAUAACCAUCUACUUUCCAACUUUGUAUUUCAGUUGCCACUUCUUUGCCCAUUCUCCCAAUCUAUCCAAGUCUCUCUGCAGACUCUCUGUUUCCUCAGCACUACCGGCCCUUCCAUCUAUCUUUGUAUCAUCAGCAAACUUAGCCACAAAGCCAUCUAUUCCAUAAUCUAAAUCGUUGAUGUACAAUGUAAAAAGAAGCGGCCCCAACACGGACCCCUGUGGAACACCACUGGUAACCGGCAGCCAACCAGAAUAGGAUCCCUUUAUUCCCACUCUCUGUUUCCUGCCAAUCAGCCAGCGCUCUAUCCAUGUAUGUAACUUCCCCGUAAUUCCAUGGGCUCUUAUCUUGUUUAGCAGCCUCAUGUGUGGCACCUUGUCAAAGGCCUUCUGAAAAUCCAAAUAUACAACAUCCACUGCAUCCCCCUUGUCUAGCCUACUUGCAAGUAUUUUUAAGAAAGGCAGUGUAGUUUUUAAAAUAUGUAUCUUGUAACUCAACAGGGAAUAACACCCAAAUGUGCUUGUUUUCCACUUGCACUAGUUGUAGUCCUUGUAGAUUUCAUUCACUGCAAUGCUCUGAUUAAACAUGCCAUAAUUUGACUUUUUUUAAUGUCAAAUUAAUUUCAAGCUUUAUCCCCAGAAACAAUAGCACAGAGUAUGGAAGAACUAUUAUUUUUGGGUGUUAAUUUGUCACUUUGAAUUACAGAAUUGUAGAAGCAAUUUACACUCAUUUGAAAUCUCCAGUUUUGAUGUGAAAUCUUUGGGUUCUGGAAUUGGAUGAUUACAGUUCGAGAUCAACAUGAAUUUGCUCUUUUUUGUUACAACUAACCUGAAAAAAAAACUCGUGUAAAAAAAAAUAAUAAUAAUCUAAUUUAUGUGCAAAUUACCUUUAUCAAUAAAUUGCACUUGGACCAAAUCCAAUGUGAUGUAAGGGGAUACAUGGGAGAUCUGACUGGUAGUGUAGUGGGGCUUUCUGGAGUUUGGAAUUCAAUUCUGAGGCCAUCUGUAAAGAGUCUAUUUCUUCCCCUCGGAAUGUGUUAGCUUUCUCUGGGUGCUCCACAGUCCAAAGGUGUAGGUUAAUUAGUCAUUGUAAAUUUUCCCACUGAUUAGGUUAGGGUUAAUCGGGUAUGUCGGGUUGCUGGGUUGGUGUGGCUUGAAGGGCCUCCUCUACUGUGUCGCUAACUAAAAAUAAAAUUAAAAUAUACACAGUAACUACAACAUCUAUUUAAUAUAAAAUAGACAUGUUGACACUUGAUUCUCUGCAAAAAAAAGCUCUCAGAAAUAAACACAAAAUCAUCACAUAAAUGCUUAGGAUUCCCAGCAAUCCAGAAGUUGUUUUUGCAUUAUUUAUGGUAGUAAUAGGGAUAGACAUCAUAAAAAUAGUAUAUUUUUGCCAGUUCUUGGUCCCAUCAUGUUUAAGGGUGUUGGCACGGCAGAAGUAAACUUCAAGUACUUGCAACAGCCACUAGUCAGAACUAAAGAAUUUGAGAUAUGUUUAACAUGGAGCUGGAGCUGCUGAGACAAAAUUAAAAUAGACAACAUCUGGGAGGGAUGGAAAAAGUUAGAAACUACAUUUAUUUCCACAGGAGUUGUCUCAGAUCAGCCAAACUUCAUCUAUAAUAAAUAAAGAGAAGGGCUUUACAUAUCUGGCUAGCCUAGCUUUGAACCAAUUCGAGAUUUUGAGAUAAGCAGAUUGCCUUUACUGUUUAAUCAAACAAGCUAUUGCAAAAAAAACUUUUUUUAAGAAGAGCAGUCUUUCGGCAGGGCUGGUAGCAUCUGCAGAAAGCUGCAUAGUGUUAGUUUUUGUGCCCUAACCUGAUUUCUGGCAUCUGCAGUAUCUAUGUGAUAACAUGAGUAUCCCUAUCAUUGAAAGCUAAUAAAAUGAAAUAGAGUGGAGCUUUACAAUUUUGUAGCAGUUAAGAUAUAAUUUGAAAUGUGAUUAAAUAUGCAAGACAAUAAUUAUCUUUGAGCUGUGUUUUUAUUUUAAAGCAGAAGGGUCUGACUUGAUUUAAAUGUUUGAAACAGAAAACCAAACCAUUUAAAAUGUGGUAUUUAUUUCUUGAGUUUGGCUACUGCAGCCACUGCUGGAAGACAUCUGUACAACUAGUUCCUCCACGGUGUUUAUGCAGGAUGUUGGCAAUACAUUCUGUUCUGGCAUAUAUUCAGAGCAUUGGAGAUUCAUAAUUUAUAAUUACUAAGCAAAUCCCGAGAUUAUCCAGCUAUUUAGCCCAGCAGCAACAACAUCAUGAUUAUCAUAUUAAAAAAUAAGUUGAAUACAAAGGAUCUCUCCUGGGUCCUGCAUGUAAGUGCCAUUAUAAUGAAGGUAUGGCAGCGCCUCUUACUUUCUUCAAAGUUUGCCAACUUCAAAAGAGGCUGCAGGGGAUUAUAUACUCAGCCAGCAGUUAAGUGCAAAGUUGUUACUGUGGCACCAACCCGCCAAUCUAUCUUGCUCCUGUAUGCUGCUUUGUUGCCAUCUGGGGUUCUACCAACAAAAAUAUUAUCGUCAGCAAAUUUAAAGAUGGUGUUUGAGCUGUACCUAUCCACACAGCAGUCGUGAGUAUGGAGAGAGCUGAGAGGUGAACUAAGCAUGUAUCCUUGAGGUGUGCUUGUGUUGAGCGUGAGCAAAGAGGAGAUACUGACUGACUGUAGUCUCCCAAAAAGGAAGUAUAGGAUUCAGUUGCAUCUUUGGUUAUAUAAAAUAGUCAUAGUCAUACUUUAUUGAUCCCGAGGGAAAAAUGACUGAGGGAUCCCUGGUGGGAAAGGAGACUGGCUCAUAGUAUUUUGAUAACACAUUCAUGAAAUUGGCCAGCCAUUGUCUGCACAUGCUCCUGUCUACAUCAAUGAGAUUGAGCGGGUAGAGAACUUCAAGUUCCUAAGAGUGAAAAUCACCAGUAACGUGUCCUGGUCCAAUCACAGAAGUGCCAAGGCCUGGAAAGCUCACCAAUAUCUCUACUUCCUCAAGAGGCUGAAGGAAUUUGGCAUAGCCCUUUCAACCCUUCUUAAUGUUUAUCCAUGCAGCAGUUAACUACCCCUCAACCAUCAGACUCUUGAACAAAAGAGGAUAACGAUGCUCAUUAUAUUUCUGGUGCUCUCACAGCCAAUGAUCACACUUUAAGGUCUCUUUAUCUUGUUAUGUCAUAGUUUUGUUACAUUGCAAAUUAUUUAUAUUUGCAUUUGCAGAGUUUGUUGUUCAUUGAUCCUGUUUACAGUUACUGUUCUAUAGAUUGGUGAGUAUGCCCGUAAGGAAAAUGGAUCCCAGGGUUGUUUGUGGUAACGUGUAUGUACUCCGAUAAUAAAUUUUACUUUGAACUUUGGAUUGUUAUCCAUCCCUUCUGGAUGCAUAACAACUUGGUGUUGUAACUGCACUGCACGUACCAACAAAAAAAAAAUGGCAGUAACUUGUGGACACAACUCAGCACAUCAUGAAAACCAGCCUCCCUUCCAUGAACUCAACUCUGUCUAUGCUUUUCAUUGCCUCAGGAAAGCAGCCAGCACAAUCAAAGAACCCCCCCCGCCCCCCGGCAUUUUCUCUUCGCCCGUCUCCCACCAGGCAGAAAAUACAAAGCCUGAAAGCACGUACCAUCAGGCUCAAGCACAGCUUCCAACUUAUUUCCAUAGUAUGACAAAUGGAAUCUCGACCUCACAAUUUAUCUCAUUAUGAUCUUGCACUUUAUUUUUUUACCUCCACUGCACAUUCUCUACAGCUGUUAUACUUUAUUCUGCAUUGUUAUUGUUUAAUCUUGUUCUGCCUCAGUGCAAUAUGUAAUGAUUUGAUCUGUAUGAACAGAAUACAUGAUAAGCUUUUCAGUAUAUGGCCAUACAUGUGACAAUAAUAAACCAAUUCCAAUAAUUGCAAGUAGUGUGUCCUAUUUAAUCUUGUUUUUAAUUUUGUCACAGUGGUGUC